AUGGCCCUCACUCCGGCCUUGGAUCAAGGGGUCGGCUAUGGCAUCGUGCUCGGCCUCGGCGCGGCUUUCGCGCUGGGCAUGAUUCUCGUCACCUUCAUAUUGCGCCGCUACAACCGCGAGCUCCAGACGUCCGAAAUGUUCAACACGGCCGGCCGCACUGUCAAGUCCGGCCUCGUCGGGUCUGCUGUCGUCUCGUCGUGGACUUGGGCCGCCACCCUGCUCCAGAGCUCCGGUAUCUGCUACCGAUAUGGUGUUUCGGGCCCCUUUUGGUAUGCCUCUGGCGCCACCGUCCAGAUCUUGCUCUUCGCAACUCUCGCCAUUGAGCUGAAGAGGCGUGCCCCCAACGCACACACCUUUCUCGAGGUCAUCAAGGCUCGAUACGGAACCUUCCCUCACAUCGUCUUCAUGGUCUUUGGGCUCGUCACCAACAUUCUCGUGUCGCUGAUGCUUAUCGUCGGCGGCUCCGCCACUGUCAAUGCCCUGACCGGUAUGCACACGAUUGCUGCGAUCUACCUUCUCCCCGUUGGCGUUGUCGCAUACACGCUGGUCGGAGGUCUCAAGGCCACUAUUCUGACCGAUUGGAUCCAUACCUUCAUUCUCCUGAUCAUUAUUAUCUUGUUUUCCCUGACCGCCUAUUCCACGUCCGACACCCUGGGCUCCCCGAGCAAAGUGUACGACCUCUUGGUCGAUGCCGCCGCCCGCCACCCGGUCGAUGGCAACAAGGACGGGAGCUACCUGACCAUGCAAUCUCGCGAGGGAGCCAUUUUUUUCGUCAUCAACAUUGUUGGUAACUUUGGAACCGUCUUCCUGGACAACGGAUACUACAACAAGGCGAUUGCCGCCUCUCCGGUACACGCCCUUCCGGGCUACAUCCUCGGCGGCCUCUGCUGGUUUGCCAUCCCCUGGCUCACCGCCACCACUAUGGGUCUCUCUGCCCUGGCACUCGAGAGCAAUCCCAGCUUUCCCACCUAUCCCGACCGCAUGGCCGACGCCGACGUGAGCGCCGGUCUGGUACUUCCCUACGCCGCUGUCGCGCUCCUUGGCAAGGGUGGUGCCAUUGCAACUCUUCUCAUCAUCUUCAUGGCCGUCACCAGCGCCACCUCGAGCGAGUUGAUCGCCGUCAGCUCCAUUUGCACUUACGAUCUGUACCGCACCUACUUCAACCCCGCCGCUAGCGGCAAGCGCCUGAUCUAUAUGAGCCACGUCAUUGUCGUCUCGUAUGCCCUCUUCAUCGCCACCUUCUCGGUCGGCCUGUGGUAUGCCGGCAUCUCGAUGGGCUACCUCUACGUCAUGAUGGGUGUUAUUAUCUCGUCCGCCGUUCUUCCUGCGACGCUUACUCUCAUCUGGUCUGGGCAGAAUAAGUGGGCUGCAGGGCUCUCCCCCAUCAUCGGCCUCGCAGUGGCGCUCAUUGCCUGGUUGGUCACGGCAAAGAAAGAGUGCAACGACCUAGGCGUCCUGUGCACGGGCUCCAACAACCCCAUGUUGGCAGGCAAUGUCGCGGCGCUGCUGUCUCCCGUUGUCUUGGUCCCCAUCUUCACCCUAAUCUUCGGCGUGGACAAGUAUGACUGGAAGUCCAUGAUGGCGAUUCGCAAGGGCGAUGAUCACGAACUUGCCGAUGCCGCUGGCAUUGACAUCGAAGUGAUUCCUGGUGCUGUAGACGAAGACUCGGCGGCCUUUGCGGAGGAGCAGACGAAGCUGAGACGUGCGGGCAAGAUCAGCAAAACAACGACUGUCGUCAUGACCCUCAUCUUGCUCGUCCUCUGGCCCAUGCCGCUGUAUGGCUCGGGCUACAUCUUCAGCAAGCCCUUCUUUACUGGCUGGGUCGCUGUCGGUAUUAUUUGGAUCUUUGCUUCUUUCAUCGGCGUCGGCUUGUUCCCUGUUUUCGAGGGCCGCAAGACUCUCGUGCAUACUUUCAAGAGCAUUUACCUCGACCUCUCGGGCAAGAGCCACCCGAAGACGAUCCACGCGCAGCAGGCGAUUGUCGAGGAAAAGACCUCUGGCAACACGACGCCCCCAGAAAAGGUUGCGAUCAAGGAGGAGAUCUCGGCCUCGUGA